UGAACAGCCCGCCGGUCGGCAUGACGAUCCUGCAGCGGAUACGCUCCCCGGGGCUGUCCUUCGCCCAGACGGUGGUGUCGCUGGCCCUGGGCGGCGCGGCACUGACCUCGUCCUACUGGUGCGUGGGGGUUCAGAAGGUCCCCAAGCCGCUGUGCUCGCUCUCCCGGCAGCGGCGCUGCGUCCCCGUCCCGGGUAUGGCCAACGCCUCCGACGUCUUGUUCUCCUGGGACACCGGGGACGACCGCUUCGUCUUUCCAGAGUUCCACGUGGGCAUCUUCUACUGCUGCCAGGAGAACAUCUACACGGACGCCUGGGAGGAGAAGUGUCGUAGCUUCCACUCCCUGACUCCUCAAUCAGAGAAAGCCAUGAUGUGGCUGUCGGUCACCAUGGAGCUCAUGUACAUGGGGCUGCUGUGCUUAAGCUGCCUGCUCCUGUGCCUCCAGCUGUGCGUGGGGGCAUGCUCCCCAGCCGGCCGCCGCUGGGGACAGUUGUUCAACGCCUUCGCCGCCAUCUUCACCGUCCUGGCAGGUCUGAUAGGUAUGGUGGCCCACAUGAUGUUCAUGCAGGUGUUCCAGACCACCGUCUCCAUGGGACCAGAAGACUUUAAACCACACAGCUACGGAUACUCCUGGGCCUUUUACGUGGCCUGGGUGGGCUUCACGCUGUGCAUGGCUGCGGGGGUCUCCACCCUCAACAGCUACACCAAGAAGGUCCUGCGGUUUCAACAGAAGAAAAAAAAGGUAUUUCAGAGGAUAAAAGUGAAGGUAAAACUUACCGUUGUGAGCUGCCUCUCAGUCCAGCACGCCGACCCCACCAUGAACGUACCCCAGGCCAUGAGAGGGGCCUGUCGGGUACAGAUCUCUGAACCUGUGAUCAGCCAAUCACAGGUCUGUAUGGACUUCUGA